AUGACAAGUUUACCUAUAAAGGAGAAUACAAUACUCCCUACGGUCCCAUCACAGCAGAACAAUAAUAAUGAGGAACCCAGUCCAGAAGCUGAAGGUGAAUUGCUGGAUAGACUUAAAGAGUUUCCUGAGGACUUCAACCAAUUAGAGUUGCUGGAGACACACCACCAUUUCAUUCCCACAGGAACCCAGAGCCUUUGGACUCCAGAUUCUGAUGAAGAAGAGGAAGAGAAAACUGAGGAGUGGUAUCAAGAACAGGAAGUGCUUUUUGCAGCAGAAAACAACAGGCUCAACACCUUGCAAAGAAUCCUCACAAAGGAGCCAGGUCUUGUAAACGCGACAGAUGAUGAUCACUAUACACCACUACAUCGAGCCUCAUAUAAUGGACACCUUAGCGUGGUACGUGAGCUUAUUGCCAGGGGUGCUAAUGUGCAUGCUGUCACCGUGGACGGUUGGACCCCUCUGCACAGUGCAUGCAAAUGGAACAACACCUCCGUGGCUUCUUUCUUGCUGCAGCACGGAGCAGAUAUCAACGCACAGACUAAAGGUUUGCUGACCCCUCUGCACUUGGCUUCUGGAAACCGCAAUAGCCGACAAAUUCUGGAACUUUUGCUGAUGAACCGAUACGUCAAACCACAUCUGAAAAAUAAACUAGAGGAAACUCCCUAUGACAUUGCCAGGCGGACAGAUGUGUAUCACUACCUCUUUAAAAUUGCUGAUUAUUGGACAAAUCCAUUUUCAGAAACAUAACUCUCACAAAAAUGAAACCCUGCAGUUUUUCAAUGAGUAAA